AUGAACGCUGAGGGUGCGCUCAGCUACAACAAGAAUCCCACAAGUCACCCCAUUGCAGGAAACACACAGGUGCAGACCAUGAGUGGACGCAGUAGCCUGGUGGGUCCAGGUGGGGGUGCCAUGAGUGGCCCUGACCUUGCCAACCAACCAAUGGACCUUGUGAAGACCACUGGCAGAUCAAUGGAGUCUGGAAGCAUUGUGAAAAGUGGCAACACUACACUGCUGCACUAUACAACAGGUGGUGUUGCUCAAAUCCUGACAACAAGUGUUGGGACUGCUCAUGUGGUGACAGCUAAACCAGUGAGUCGCACUGAGAGCAUGGGUGUUGGAAGUCAGACAGUCACUCUGGUUUCUCGCACUUCAGGGCCUCCUACUGCCCUCAAUCUAGCCUCCCCAAAUCCAGGUGGAGGUAGCAACCCAGCAGUGCGAACUGUUUCCCAUCCCUCUGGCACCUCAGCGAAUAGUGCCAUAGUGACUUCCUCCACGACCCAGCUGGGUUACCACAUUCCUAGGGGUCCUGCUGCUGUGGCCAACAUGUCAGCCCCAAGGUCACAGGCAGUGGCUACUCCCAUGGUCAGAACCACAGGGCAGUCACAUGGCCAUCCCAACUCUAACAUGCCUGGACCGCGCAGCAGUGUUGGGGGUCAGCGAGUGGUGGUCCCAGUGUCGAGUGGGAGCUGGGGCCGCAGUACCCCGUCCCCAGCUCACUCUAACAAAGGUCCUACCAGCUUACACUCAAGUGUGACAGGAACGAGCUUAAGCCUGGGAGUUGCCCGAGGAUCCUUGGCUGGCACUCGGCCUGGGCAGCCAGCAGGGUCAAUCGCUACCUAUCACCCAGGACGGUCUUCUGGAGUGCCAGGAGGACCCAUUCGAGGGGCUGGGACUACCACCAUGAGAGGCAUGGUUACUGGAGAGGCAUCUCGAAUGUCAGGUUCCAAAGCAGUGCAUAUCACUCAGCCUAUUGUUCAGCCACAGAAAUAUAGCUCAGGAAUGAUGGGCAGUGGAGGCCGAAGCAUUACUCCUGGAUCAGCUGCACCAACAGGUGGCUCCAGUGGGCCAAUCUACACACCUGGCAGCCCUCUAGUCACCACCAUUGCAGGGCAAAACCUAACCUCCCAGGGCAGCAUGAGGACUCAACCACCUCCUGCUAUUGCUGUCAGGAUCACUACUGCCCCAAUGUCUACUUCUUCCACGUCUACCCCGGUGAUGUCCCAAGCUGGUACGAGCAUUGGGGCACUGGCACUGACUUCCCCUCCUGGGACCACUUCAGGCACCAUCCUUACACAUCACCCUACUCUGCAGCGCACCUCUCAAGAUCACCACCUUCCUCUUAAGACACCCAUUGUACGAACCCCGAUAGCGGCUCAUCAGACCAACAAGGCAGGAGUACAGGCCCAGACCCUCACCUUCCCUGACGGCCCCAAGGUUAUCACCCAGCCAGCUCAGGGACCACCUGUAGCCCUCACACACAUCUCAGGCCUCACAGGCAUCACCACCCAGAAAGGGCAGGUCAGCGCACACACCUUGCAGCAGCAGCAACAACACUCACAGCAGCAGCAACAGCAACAACAGCAGCAUCACUCCACAGGUGUACAGCACAGAGGGACUAAUGUUGGCACCAGUGUAGGACGUGUCAUGGGAGGAGCAGCAAUCCCUGUGGCCAAGGUUCUUCCUCAGCAAGCCUCCACACCCCCACAAGGACCAGUAAGUGUUGCCUCCACCCCAAGAGUGCCACAUGGCCAAGUGAGGGCGCCUUCUCCCGGUCAAGUUGCUGAUCCCCAGCCAGCUCACACUAGUGUCUUUCUGCAACGUACUCAUGCAGGUGUGACUGUGACCACUGGUGUACCUUGUGGGGAGCGAGUAGUGACCACAGUGCCGCAGUACAGCAUUGCUCCCCAAUAUUACUAUGAUACUGACCAUAAUACCACCUAUCAGGUUGGAGGAACAUUGGUGCCCAACACACUGGGGUCCACCCACUAUGUGCCAGCAAACAUGCAGGGUGGAAGCCUUAGAGUUACAGCUGGCCCAUCCAACUCCAGUGUGGGAGUGGGUGGCGUGAGUGGCUCUGGUCAGGUGGAAAGUGCAGCAGGACAGCAGGGGACAGUACCCAUGCCCUCUAUGAAGCCAAAUGCAUCUCCUCGACCUUCCAUACUCAGGAAGAGACCAGACAUGGAUGGGACUCCCUUGAAGGCUGCCAAGAACCUCACCACCUCUCUCUCUAUGUCGGUGCCCUCUCCCCCAUCCCCAAAGAGGCCAGACUCUCGGGGCAAUGGCAAUGCAUCCUCUGGUUCUACCACCAUAUCAGCGAAUUCAUCCCCUGAUUCUUCCUUAUCAGGCCUCCAAAUAGAGGAGAUGGACACUGGCGCAACUCCAGUGCGAGGCACUGGUUCUCACACCCCGCCGAGCAUCAAGCAAGAACCCCCAGAGGAUGCUACGAUAGUGUUGCCUCGGCCUACACCAUUGUCCAUUCCUGCCCCAGACAUCUGUCCCCCAACCCUGAACAGCAUGACAACAGCCACCCUCACAGUGCCCCAGCCACACCUGUCAGUUACUUCUCUUCAUGCACCUGCACAAAUUCUUGCUGAUGGGCUGUCUCCAAGGAAGAAGCCAAGGAAACAGCAAUUAAUGGGCAAUGAGUUGCAGGAGGCAAGGUCCAGUGAGGAUGACUUGGAACAUCCCCCAACUAAAAAGAAUAAGAGAGAUAUGACAGAAGACAGUAAUGACUUGGAAGGCAGUGAAGAUGAGGGUGGAGGGUGGUCAGAGCCUGGGGGAGCCAGCAGUGGUGGUAGCUGUGGUGGAGGUGGUGGAGCAGGGGGUCCCAACACUGCUACAGGGAAUAAUCCCAACAAUUCUGUGAACGCAACAGUUAUUCUCACCAACCGUCCCACAAUGUCUCUGCUGAGCAGCUUCCGACAGACCUGGAAGCCUCGCCACAACCACUUUGUGAGGCACACUGAUGUGAAGCCCAAGGAUGAAAAGAGGAUGACAGUCAAUGAGAUUGCCAACCAGAAGCUGGCCAUGCAGCGAGUCAAUGGAUGGAAGAUUGUUCACCUCUCGGGGCAAGUGGAUGAUCUCGUGGAGUUAGAGACAGAAGUAGUAGACCGUCUCCAUCUGCUACUCAGUUCCCUGGAGAAGAGAACUCACCCGAGAAAGCCAUACAAGGAUUUUGAUAAGGAUGUGAAUCGACUGUCAGAGCUUGUGAAAGCCAACAUCCAGCGUUCUAAGAUCAUCAAGGACCAGAUGGUUGAGGCCAAGUCACAGAUGCACAAGUUGUUUGAUCAUAAAGGUAAAAUUGUUGACAUCAUGAACAAAUAUAGCAGUAAAAGAAGUGUUCGGAAGAAAGAAAAAAGUUGAAUAGUAGGGGAACCAGUACACAGGUUUGAAGUCCUCAGGUUAUGUUUCUUUUACCUAAUUUAUGAUUUGCCCACGUAUUGCAAUACUGGCCAGAAAUUGAAACUUUCUGUGCAGUCUGAGAGUAGACUGAGGACUAUUCUAUGAGCUGUUCCUGAGUGUUCAGCUGUACUAAGUACCUGCUGUGCCUCCUCUGGGGCAAUCUUAAUCAGUUUCAUUAUUGUAACAGCUGUGCAUCAUAGCAAUAUACAGUAAUAUAAAGUAUAAUUUACAGUAGAUUAUAUUGAAAAUAUUGUCACUAAGGACAUUUACAAUAUUAGCAUAAGAUCCAGAUGUUGUAUUUAUGUAAAGCUUUUAUAAUGAAACACAGUUUCACUAAGGAUAUCAGUGUAUGUAUUACAUACUAACUGAUUCUUUAGAAAUCAUGGACAGUUUAAGCCAUUGUGAAAGUUCCCAGUAUGUAUAUACCUUAAUGUUGGUGAAGAAGUAUUGUCUUGGUUUUGCCAUAAAUACAAAGAGUGAAUAUAUGUGGAAUGCAUGUGUAUGGGAGGGAAUUCUUACAUGAGAGCUGAAUAAGUAAGUGUAAGUGUGUUUAUGCACAACAACUUGUGUUAUCUUAGAGGUAUGUGAAUAUAUGUUGUAAUAGUUGAAUCUAUUAUAUGAAUACAAAAGCUGUUAAUGAAGUGCUGUUGAGACUGGGAAGAAAGCUAUCUUAUAGAUGAGCUAAUAUGGUUUAGUAGAUGUGUCAUGAUGGCUCACUCAGCUCCUGGAGCCCAGGAUGAAACCAUGGAAAUGUCUUUCAGGUGAUGGUUUUGGCUGUGGUAGUGAUAGUGCAUUACCAGAUUGACACAGUGGGAUCUUUGUGAUCAUGUUUAGAAAUGUCAGAUGUUUGUGCAGCAAGGUGAUAACAGUACACAUUUUGUCAGUUUGUUAAAUCAUAGGGAAAUGACUAUUGUGUUGUUGGAGACUUCAUUUGUUUUGUUGUAUCAGUAAAAUAGUUUGUGAGGGAAUGAGUGGACCACAUGUAUAUCAGCUGAGACUUAAAUGUGUAAGUUUUGAGGAGACUAGGUAUAUUUGCAUUUUAAUAUUGAGAUCUUGCAAUUUAUGGUAAAUGAACUGUACAAAAAUUGCAGUAUUACCUAAGUUUCUAACCUUCUGAGAAGGUGAAUAAAGGAUUCCUUAGCUAGUUAGGUAAGACCAUAUAACUCAGCUAGGGUUGUGAGAGAGCACAUACUCUCACUGAAGCUGUUGUGAACAAUGAUCAAACUCACAACCUCUUGGCUGUGAGCCAAGUGCUGCACCAUGGAGUUAUGCAGCCCCAAUACUCUAUUAGGAUAAAUUCAAACUGACCUGAAAUAAUUCAGCAAGUUCUUGAUUGUGAGAAGGGAAUUAAUGUAUUUGAUGCAUUUUAUGCUUGUGGAGGAACUGGGAGACUGAAGCUGGCUGAAAUUAUUUUUUGUCUUUUCUGUCCUACAAUUGGUGAAGUAAAAAUAUAAAUUUUACAAGAUACAUCA